AUGAGGUUCUCACAGCUCAUUUGCGGCUUCCUUGCCCUGCUAUUGGGGGCAUACGCCACCGACAAUGGCCUCCAGACAGUCGUGGAAUGGGACAACGGUUCUUUGCAAGUCAACGGGGAGCGCGUCAUCAUCAUGAGCGGAGAAUUUCACUACGCUCGUCUCCCAGUUCCAGAACUGUGGCUAGACAUCUUCCACAAAUUCAGGGCCAAUGGUAUGAACACUGUGUCGAUCUACUUUUUCUGGAGCUACCAUUCUGCAUCGAAGGGCACCUAUGACUUCACUACACCUGGGAAGGACAUCCAGCGUCUCUUCGAUGCAGCAAAGGAAGCUGGGCUCUAUGUCAUUGCAAGGCCUGGCCCCUAUAUGAACGCUGAAACAAGCGGAGGUGGUUUCGCGCUUUGGACAAGCGAUGGAAGUGGUGGCAACUAUAGGACGUCCGACGAGACCUACCGACAGGCCUGGUCAGAGUGGAUCGCCGAAGUUGGACCCAUCAUCGCGAAGAACCAGAUCACCAACGGCGGUCCCGUCAUCUUGACCCAAGUUGAAAACGAGUUGACGGAGUCGAAAUACGACCCGAACAACACCUUGGUCAUAUACAUGGAGCAGAUCAAGCAAGCUUUCAAAGAUGCAGGCCUGAUUGUUCCUACGACACACAACGAGAAGGGCUUCCGAGGCAAAAGCUGGUCGACUGACUACAACAACGUCGGUGGGGCUGUAGACAUCUACGGCCUGGACAGCUAUGCAGGCGGUCUGAGCUGCACAAACCCUGAUACUGGUGGAAGCGUCAUCCGCACUUACUACCAAUGGUUCCAGGAAGUCUCACCAACCCAGCCGGCCUACGUUCCCGAGUUUCGUGGUGGCUGGUUCCAGGCCUGGGGUGAACACUUCUUCGACGAAUGCCAGUCGGAUCUUAGCCCAGAAUACCCUGAUGUGUUCUACAAGGAUGUUCUCGCCCAGCGCGUCACGCUCCUCAAUCUGUACAUGACCUAUGGCGGAACCAAUUGGGGUCACUUAGCAGCGCCUGUUGUGUACACAUCGUACGACUACGAUGCAUCGAUUCGUGAGACUCGCGAGGUUCGCGACAAGUACAAGCAAUACAAGCUGAUUUCACUGUUCACUCGUGUCAGCAAGGGCCUCCAUAACACCGUAAUGGAGAGUAAUGGCACGGGUAAUGUCGUCAGCGCCCCAGAUGUAUUUACUUGGGUGCUGAAGAGCAAGGACAGUAAUGGCAGAUUCUACCUCACCGAGAAAAACGACACGAGGUCCAGGACUGUGACGGACUUCUCCCUUAAUGUCAACACCUCGGUUGGUCAAGUGACUAUCCCGAGUCUCCAACUGAACGGCAGACAAGCUCGGUGGGUUGUCACCGACUAUGCCAUUGGGAAUGAGACUCUUCUCUAUUCAUCUGGGGAGGUGCUGACCUACGGAACUUUCGAUCAGCCCGUGGUAGUACUCUACUUGAAGCAAGGACAGACUGGAGAGUUUGCCUUCAAGUCGCAGAGCAACAUAACCUUCAGGUCUUACGGAGCAGACUCGAAUUUUACGACGGCCUCUAGCAACAUCUCAAGUUAUGCCAGCUUCAAGUACAAGCAGGCAAAAGGGGUCACUGCUGUACAGUUCUCGAACGGUGUGCUUGCCUACCUUCUGGAUGUCCCUACUGCGUGGACCUUCUUCGCUUCCCCCACCACCGCGAACCCUAACGUUACGCCCGACAGCCACAUUUUCACGCUUGGACCCUACCUCGUCAGGACAGCCAGCGUUUCUCGUGAUACUGUAUCCCUGAUUGGCGAUAACGCCAACGCGACUACCAUUGAGGUCUACGCCGGCAAGAGUGUCAGUAAAAUCUGUUGGAAUGGCAAAGAGCUGGCGACUGCGAAGACGCCCUACGGCAGUCUCACUGCCAAAAUUACUGGCACCCAGGAUCGUAAGAUCGAGCUUCCUGUAUUGACCGACUUCAAGGUCGCUGAUUCGGCCCCUGAAAUUUCACCAUCCUUCGAUGACAGUAAUUGGAUCGUGGCUGACAAGAACACGACGCUCAAUAAGGUCAAGCCGUUAACUCUCCCAGUUCUUUACAGCAGUGACUACAAGUUCUACGCCGGCGCCAAGUUGUAUCGUGGGUACUUUUCAGGAAAAGAUGCUGCGUCUCUGAACCUCACGGUACAGGGUGGAGCUGCUGCAGGCUGGAACGCUUGGCUGAACGGACAGUCAAUUGGCUACAAUCCCGGAAAUGCAACAUUAUGGGUCUCCAAUGCGGUCAUUCCAUUCAAGAACGUCACGUUGAAGGAUGAAGGCAAUGUCUUGACUGUGGUGACCGACUACACGGGUCAUGAUCAAACAUCCUAUGGACCAUCCGGAGCUCAGAACCCCCGAGGUAUCUUGGGCGCGCAGCUCUUGAGCGCCAACAACACGAAGCUGAAUUUCGAUAUGUGGAAGAUUCAGGGUAAUGCCGGUGGCGAGAAGAACAUCGACCCCGUCCGUGGGCCCUUGAAUGAGGGCGGGCUGUACGGAGAACGUCUUGGGUGGCAUCUCCCUGGUUUCGAUACAACCAGCUGGGAAAGCGCAAGCCCGACUGAGGAUGGCGUCGAGGGAGCAGGCAUCAAGUGGUACACGACGAACUUUGAUUUGAACGUCGAUAAGGAUCUUGACGCUCCUAUUGGUGUUGAGUUUGGUGCUGCUGCUGGAACGGUUGCUAGGGUGCAACUUUACGUCAACGGGUACCAGUAUGGAAAGUACUUCCCGCACAUCGGUCCUCAGACUCGGUACCCUAUCCCACCAGGUAUUCUCAACCCGCGGGGCUCAAACACACUGAGCGUUGCAGUAUGGUCCCAGACUGAUGCAGGCGCGAAGCUUAGCACUCUGCGGUUGAUUUCGUAUGCUAGUUAUGAGAGCGGAUUUGAUUUCGCUGGGAUUGACGGGAAGCAGCUGCAACCAAACUGGCAGGACCGAUCACAGUACGCGUAG